CCGGCAAGCAGACAGGACUUAAAACCCUAAUCAUUCUGAUUUUGACUCCUCCACCCUUCCGGUUGAGCUCCCUCUUCUCAUUCAACCCACCACUUCUCCUGUAGAGUUUUGGGAUUUCUGCAGAUGAUUGGUGAGCGUCAUGGUACAAAUUGAUGGUAUUGGGCAUUGCAAGUGCUAGUAGGUUUUAUUUCAAGAGGGGUUUUGGGCAUUCUUCUGUCAUACGAAGUAGUUUCUGUAGUUUGAGAAGUUCUAGUGAUAUGAAAGAAGUCUCUAGUGACAAAGGCUCUAGUGGGUCUGCUUUAGCCGGUGGAGGUUCUCCUGCUUUACCACCUGUCAAGGUUGGUGCCAGCCUAAGGUCUCCUUCUUCAGUUGUACAAUCAACACCAGAAAUCGAAAAGAAGUAUGUUCAUCGUGUUUAUGAUGCAAUUGCUCCCCAUUUUAGUUCUACUCGGUUUGCCAAGUGGCCAAAAGUUUCAGCUUUUCUGAAUUCUUUGGUUCCUGGAUCCCUUGUCUUGGAUGCUGGAUGUGGAAAUGGAAAAUACUUAGGGCUUAAUCCCAAUUGCUAUUUUAUUGGCUGUGAUAUAAGUGCACCCCUUAUCAAGAUUUGUGCGGAUAGAGGGCACGAAGUCUUGGUUGCUGAUGCUGUCAAUCUUCCAUAUCGGACUGGUUAUGGUGAUGCAGCAAUCUCCAUUGCUGUCUUACAUCACCUUAGCACUGAAAGGAGAAGGAGAAAAGCUGUAGAUGAAUUAAUCCGUGUUGUGAAGAAGGGUGGAUUUGUUUUGAUAACAGUUUGGGCUAGGGAACAAGAGGAUGGAGCACUAUUAAACAAGUGGACUCCACUUACUCAGAAAUAUUUGGAGGAGUGGGUAGGGCCAGGUAGUCCUCGUGUUCGAAGCCCUUCAUCCCCUUUAACUCUGGAGAGUAUACCGGAAGCUGAGGAAAAUGGUUCAAGAGAGCAGUUAAAAGAAUUUAUGGAUACAUCUACUGAUUUGAGAUCACUUCAAUUAAGGCAUUUGCACAUGAAUUCUCAGGCUGCAGAUCUUUCAUUGGCUUCAGAAACUAAAAAAGGUUGUGAAGACCAGCAGGAAUUUUUUGUUCCAUGGCACUUGCCUUAUCAUCGAGCUGAAGUAAGUGGAGCUUCUGCUAAUGCUGUUGCGAUUGGUCUCGCAAAGAAGGAUGAUAAGAAGGGUGCAGUGGUUUACAACAGAUAUUACCAUGUUUUCAGUGAAGGUGAACUUGAAAAAUUGGUGUCUGGUAUAGGCAAUGCAGUUGUUGUUGAUAGAUUUUUUGAUAAAUCAAAUUGGUGCAUUAUUCUUGAGAAAAUAUCAUGAUGAAAAGUCUGCUGGAAGAUCAAUUUCUGCCAAGAACUUUGUGCAAAAAUAUGCAGUUUAGAUUGGCAUGUAAAAGUUUUCGUGUAAAGAUGUGUGUGCCCAGUUGAAACGUCGUCCUCAGCUUUGCCAGUGUGAAGAGACUACUUACAUGGUAUAGUUGAGCAUGUUCGUCCCAUACCCUUUUUCUACAUGGGGCUCUCUUGCUCCCAAUCUUAUUCUUUCUGUACCAUCAUUGUGUAAUGUAUAUGACUAUGCUACAUUUCAUUACCAAUUUUGUGAAAGUAUUUUGAACAUACUGUUGCUUCA